UGGCCCCUCCCUCCCGGUGGCUCCUGAGAGGAAGAGAAAGAGCCAGCGACGAGGACGGGACAGGAGUCGGGCCGCAAGAUGGCGGACGCGGCGCCCGGGAGGAGCAGGAGGCGGAGGCGGGGGCGGCGGUAGAAGUCUCCCCGUCGCCAUGCCAGGAGGAGGAGGCGGCGGCGAGUGCAAGGCCUCCCCAGCGACGCCCUCCUCCUCUUCCUCCCUCCGAUAAAGCCGGGCCGGGCUCGGCGGCUGGUCCUUCGCCUUGCCUCCCCUUCAUAGCCCUCCUCCUCCUCCUCCGCCAUGUCGGACACCCGGCGCCGGGUGAAGGUCUACACGCUCAACGAGGAGCGGCAAUGGGACGACAGGGGCACCGGGCACGUCUCCUCCACGUACGUGGAGCGCCUCAAGGGGAUGUCGCUGCUCGUCAGGGCCGAGGCCGACGGUUCACUGUUGUUGGAAUCGAAGAUAAAUCCGAACACUGCAUAUCAGAAACAGCAGGAUACUUUGAUUGUUUGGUCUGAAGCAGAGAAUUAUGAUUUAGCCCUGAGUUUUCAAGAAAAAGCCGGCUGUGAUGAGAUUUGGGAAAAGAUUUGCCAGGUUCAAGGUAAAGACCCUUCAGUGGAAGUCACGCAGGACCUCAUUGAUGAAUCGGAAGAAGAACGCUUUGAGGAAAUGCCUGAAACGAGUCAUUUGAUUGAUCUCCCUGCUUGUGAGCUCAACAAACUCGAAGAAAUUGCAGACCUAGUUACCUCAGUUCUCUCAUCACCCAUCCGUAGAGAAAAGUUAGCCUUGGCUUUGGAAAAUGAAGGCUACAUUAAAAAAUUAUUGCAACUUUUUCAGCUUUGUGAAAACCUAGAGAAUACCGAAGGCUUGCAUCAUUUGUAUGAAAUUAUCAGAGGAAUUUUGUUCCUCAAUAAAGCAACUCUUUUUGAGGUGAUGUUUUCAGAUGAGUGCAUUAUGGAUGUUGUGGGAUGCCUUGAGUAUGACCCUGCAUUAGCUCAGCCAAAAAGGCACCGGGAGUUCUUGACCAAAACAGCAAAAUUUAAAGAGGUCAUACCCAUAACAGACUCGGAACUUAGGCAAAAGAUUCAUCAGACUUACAGGGUACAAUACAUCCAGGACAUCAUCUUGCCAACACCAUCUGUUUUUGAAGAGAAUUUUCUUUCUACACUCACUUCUUUCAUUUUCUUUAACAAAGUUGAGAUUGUCAGUAUGCUGCAGGAGGAUGAAAAGUUCUUGUCUGAAGUUUUUGCACAGCUAACUGACGAAGCUACUGAUGACGACAAAAGGCGUGAACUGGUUAACUUCUUCAAGGAGUUCUGUGCAUUUUCUCAGACACUGCAACCUCAAAAUAGAGACACCUUUUUCAAAACUUUAGCAAAGUUAGGAAUUCUUCCUGCUCUUGAAAUAGUAAUGGGUAUGGAUGAUUUGCAAGUCAGAUCUGCAGCUACCGAUAUAUUUUCUUAUCUGGUAGAGUUUAGUCCAUCUAUGGUCCGGGAAUUUGUAAUGCAAGAAGCCCAGCAAAGUGAUGAUGAUAUCCUACUCAUAAAUGUAGUCAUUGAACAAAUGAUCUGUGACACGGACCCUGAGCUUGGGGGUGCUGUUCAGUUAAUGGGGCUCUUGCGUACUCUAAUCGAUCCUGAGAACAUGUUGGCCACAGCUAAUAAAACUGAGAAAAGUGAAUUUCUCAAUUUUUUCUACAACCAUUGUAUGCAUGUCCUCACAGCUCCACUCCUGGCCAAUACAUCGGAGGACAAAAAUGACAAAGAUGCAGUAGUUGGGAGCAACAAGAGUAAUACCAUUUGUCCAGACAACUACCAAACAGCACAGCUGCUUGCCUUAAUUUUGGAGCUGCUCACCUUUUGUGUGGAACACCACACAUAUCACAUCAAGAACUAUAUUAUGAACAAGGACUUGCUGAGAAGAGUUUUGGUCUUGAUGAAUUCAAAACACACCUUUUUGGCACUUUGUGCUCUUCGUUUCAUGAGGAGGAUAAUUGGCCUGAAGGAUGAGUUUUAUAACCGUUACAUCACCAAAGGAAAUCUAUUUGAGCCAGUAAUAAAUGCUCUUUUGGAUAAUGGAACCAGGUACAAUCUCCUGAAUUCGGCAGUGAUUGAACUUUUUGAGUUCAUCAGAGUGGAAGAUAUCAAGUCACUUACUGCCCAUAUAGUUGAAAACUUUUAUAAGGCACUUGAAUCCAUUGAAUAUGUUCAGACAUUCAAAGGGUUGAAGACAAAAUACGAGCAAGAGAAAGACAGACAAAGCCAGAAAUUGAACAGUGUCCCAUCUAUACUGCGUAGCAACAGGUUUCGUAGAGAUGCAAGAACCUUGGAGGAUGAUGAGGAAAUGUGGUUCAAUGAAGAUGAAGAGGAGGAGGGUGAAGCCAUUGUACCCCCUGGAGAGAAAUCCAAGGCAGAGGACGAUUUUCCAGAGAGUUAUGAGAAAUUCAUGGAAACAAAAAAAGCAAAAGAGAGUGAAGAUAAAGAGAAUCUCCCUAAAAGGACUUCAGCGGGUGGCUUCAAAUUCACUUUUUCCCAUUCUGCCAGUGCAACUAAUGGAGCAAAUAGUACAAACAGUAAAUCUGUAGCAGCUCAGACAUCGCCAGCAAGUUCAAAUGGUUCCUCUUCUAAGAAUGCCAAUUUGACUGCAGCAGUCACAGCCACGAAGGGAAGUUUAGUUGGCCUUGUGGAUUAUCCAGAUGAUGAGGAAGAGGAUGAAGAGGAGGAAACAUCCCCAAGAAAAAGACCUCGCCUUGGCUCUUAAAAUAACUGAAACAGACUGUAACUGAGGGUGCUUAAAUGCUGUGACUGAACUAAAUAGUCUGACUCAGAAAGCUUUCUCCCUGGAAAAUACAUGAGAAUACAAGGAGUAGCAAAAAAAACUCGACUAGAAGAGUUUAGUUCUGAGAACAUCAGGCUUCCAAAGAAUCUAAUCUCUUUCUAGUCAAUGAGUCUGCCAUUCAGGCUGUUAAAUAUUAAACUGAGAUGGCGGGUUAGUAAUCAGCACCUCAAGGACAGCUUGCCAGCGAAAGGAUCAUCUCUGGUUCUGUGAAGGGAUGGGGAUGGGAUAAGUAACUUUUUGAUAUUGCAGGGUUUGCCCAGUUUGUAUUCAAGCUAGAAAAAAAUUGUAAGGCUUCAAUUGCAAACCUAAUAACCUAACUUUGUAAUGGUGCUGUCCAUUGUGGGGGGGUUUUAAGCAAUCACCUCUUUUAAAUGAUUCAUUUUCUUUCCAUAAAAAGUUAGUUCAGGCCUUGGGGACCACUAUUUGCACAGUCAGCCAAAUUAUAGAGGGUAGCACCCUGCUACGUAGUGCAUGUUGAGUGGUAAAUUUAUUUUUCCCCUAGCUCUGUAUUUUGGAAGGAAAAAAAAUAUGGGUUCAAAAUGGAAGAUGAGUAGAAGCUGUCUAGGAAAACCAAUACCAAGAAACAUUAGGUCUCAGUUUUUGUUUUCUUUUAAAGAAACCAUCAACAAACCCUAGUACUUGAAACAGCAUUUGAAAUGCAACUACUAAAAGUGUUUUAUGGAAGUCAGUUUGACUGGAGUUACUCCCUGCUAGCUUCAGGAAAUGUUUUCCUUGCACCAUCUGCAUUUAACAUUUGCAAGAGUAACAGACAAGUGUUGGGAAAUGCUGCCAGAAGGUUUUGAACCCUACUGAUUUGGGGGUGUAGUAGUUUUUGACUAGUUACUGAUUUGGAGGCAGAGUCAGCAUGCAGCACCUUGGACCUAGAGGGUUUAGUACAAAGGCUGCUGCUAAACACAUUCCAUGUAUUUAAGCAAAUUUCAAAAAAUACACUUAGAUGAAUUGAUGGAGGCAACCAUUUUGAGACCUUUUAAUUUUUCAUAGCAAGUGAACUGUAAAUAUUUUACCGUUAGUUUGGCCAUAUAUGAUCUGAGAUCAUGCAGAAUACAAGAGGAAAUUCCCAAAACUGCAAAUUGUGUUAAAAGAGUGAUUUGAACUAUGAAACCAGCAGCAAUCCAUCAUUAUAAAUCACUUUUCCGAUGUGUUAUGGGUCCAUUUCUCCUGGAACAAUUGCUGACAGUUUCCCUGUUUUGGAGAUUUUGUAGUUAAUUUUAAUUUUAGCUAUUGUUUGCAAAGGAUGGGCUGUCUGUGUAGAUAUGAAGUAUAGUUUUUCCAUGAAACAGAAGUUUAUUUUGUAUUGAGAAGAAAAACCACUGUACUUGUUUUACACCAUUUGUAUACAUGUGGUAAUAUUAAUGAACUGUAAAAUUCAGGAAUUAAAAUGUGACCCUGUAAUUCCAUAAUUAUUGGUUUUGUUUGGUUUGUUGUAAAUGGUAAGUUAAUUCAGAUUUUGAAACGUGGCCAUUUUAGAGGAUUUUAAUAAGAUAGUUAUUUGUACAAUUUAAUCAUUAAAUGCCACUGAAUCAAAUCUGGCAGGGAAAAGAAUAGCCUAGAUUUGAUUCAGCAUGCUGUGAUGAUUGACAAGUAAUGUGGCCUGAAGACCAUAUCUCUGCCCUCUGGGGGCUCCAGGCAACCAAGAAUGGGGCUUCCUUCUCAUGUCAGCAUUUGAAGGAGAGUGGGGAAACAUUUUGGUGGGUUCAGUGGAAUUACUAUGUAGACUUGCCACCAUCUUAUAUUCUCAGUCUGUAUACUUAGCAGAUCCUCCCUCCACUCUCACAGAGCUCAUGUUUUCUCCCAAAACUAUCAUUUCUGUAAGAAAAGUGUGUACCAUUGCCCUUCAGAAAGAAAUGUCUGCCUCUGCUUUUUCAUCAGUCACUGGAAAAAGACCCAAAGCACAAUUGGGGCUCAUCUUCUAUCCUUUUCAAAGACUGUUGGGAGCAUUAAAAUAGGUGCAGGUUCAUUCAGGAAAGCAAAAAAGAAAGAAAAAAAGUUGCUUUUUAUAGUUUAAUGUAAACAAAAGAUAACACAACAGCCAAUAUUGGAACUAUUGAAAAGCUGUGGAAGAUGCACUUAGUUCGUCCCUUUCAAGUUACACACUCUUGCCUCGGGUGCAUUUGUCCCCCCACUUCCCACCUCCUUCCCGGUUUGUAAGCUGGUUACUUUAAGCCACAGGACAGCCCACAUUUAGAAUGCCUGGGGCCCUUCAACUGAUUUUUUUAAAGAGAAAAGAUUGCAUCUGCCAACAUGUCUCAGUUAAAUACUAUUUUAAUAAAAAGUUAAAUGAAA